AUGGACAUGAUCUUCCACUCCAAACCGCUCAUAGGCCUCGAGAUCUUGUUCGCUACUGAGUGGUUUCAAUCCAGCAGUGCCCUCUUCGAUGUAGUUCAAAGCUACCGAUCUCAUCCAAAACGCGUACGCGACCUAACGGAGGAGCUUGAGGGUCUGACUGGUGUUCUUGGAGCUCUAGCAGAGACCUUGAAUGCGAACACCGAUACAGAACUCGCUAGUCUCGAAUAUCCCCUCCUCCGUUGUGCGAAUGCCUGUGAAGAUUUCGAGGAUGAACUCAAGAAAUGUUCGACGCGAUCUCUUGCCGGCAAAACGAGCUUUCGAGACUGGGCCAAAUUAAAGUACAUGGGCGAAGACAUUGAUGGUUUCAGACGAAUGUUAGCUGGCUAUAAAUCAACUAUCAUCAUUGCCCUCACUAAUGCAAAUCUGUGCGUCUCCUUAUACAUAUUAGUCCAAUUCCUUCCGCUUCACGGCACCAAGUCCCUCACGCGUAAGAAACUUCAUCUCACUCGUUUCAUCCAGAAUAAGGUCAUGGUUACCCGCGAUGACAAUCUUAUGGGUGUGGGUCUGAGAAGACAGCCAGUGGAGCUGCGCUUGCACUUCAUCGAAGGUGCCAUGGGCUGUUAA